AUGAGUACUGACUUUGAUAGAAUCUACUUGAACCAAUCCAAAUUUAGUGGCAGAUUUCGUAUUGCCGAUUCUGGGUUAGGGUGGAAAGUUAGUACCAGUGGUGGUUCUGCAGCUAACCAGACAAGAAAGCCAUUCUUAUUACCAGCCACAGAAUUAUCUACAGUCCAAUGGAGUAGAGGCUGCAGAGGCUACGAAUUAAAGAUAAAUACCAAGAAUCAAGGCGUUAUUCAACUUGAUGGAUUCUCACAGGAUGAUUAUAACCUGAUUAAGAGUGACUUUCAUCGGCGUUUCAAUAUUCAAGUAGAGCAGAGAGAACACUCAUUACGUGGAUGGAACUGGGGUAAAACCGAUCUGGCCAGAAACGAAAUGGUUUUUGCUUUAAAUGGGAAGCCAACCUUCGAGAUUCCUUACGCUAGAAUUAAUAAUACAAACUUGACUUCUAAAAAUGAAGUAGGGAUAGAGUUUAAUAUUCAGGAUGAAGAGUAUCAACCAGCUGGUGAUGAACUGGUGGAAAUGAGAUUUUACAUCCCUGGGGUUAUUCAAACUAACCUAGACGAAAACAUGACUAAAAAGGAAGAGCCAAGCAAUGGGGUUGUACCCAAGAAAGAGGAUGGCACUGAGGGAGGUGAUGUAGAAAUGGCAGUAGAGGAAAAGAGCAUGGCAGAAGCAUUCUAUGAAGAAUUAAAGGAGAAGGCAGAUAUUGGUGAAGUUGCUGGUGACGCGAUAGUUUCGUUCCAAGACGUCUUUUUCACCACCCCAAGAGGUCGUUAUGAUAUUGAUAUCUAUAAAAACUCUAUCAGGCUUAGGGGUAAGACUUAUGAAUACAAAUUGCAACAUCGUCAAAUUCAAAGAAUUGUUUCGUUACCAAAGGCAGAUGACAUCCAUCAUUUACUGGUUUUAGCAAUCGAACCUCCUUUACGCCAAGGUCAGACUACCUACCCCUUCCUUGUUUUACAAUUUCAAAAGGAUGAAGAAACCGAGGUACAAUUGAAUUUGGAAGAUGAAGAUUAUGAGGAAAAUUACAAAGAUAAAUUAAAAAAACAGUACGAUGCUAAAACUCACAUAGUUUUAAGUCAUGUACUAAAAGGUUUGACUGACCGUAGAGUCAUUGUUCCUGGAGAGUACAAAUCCAAGUAUGAUCAAUGCGCAGUUUCAUGUUCCUUCAAGGCAAACGAAGGUUACUUAUACCCACUAGAUAACGCGUUCUUCUUUUUGACCAAACCAACUUUGUACAUACCUUUUAGUGAUGUUAGCAUGGUUAACAUUUCAAGAGCAGGACAAACCUCGACGUCAUCAAGAACGUUUGAUUUGGAAGUGGUACUGCGUUCAAAUAGGGGCUCGACGACUUUUGCUAACAUCAGUAAGGAAGAGCAACAAUUACUAGAACAAUUCUUGAAAUCUAAAAACCUGAGGGUGAAGAAUGAGGAUAGGGAGGUUCAAGAGAGAUUACAAACUGCUUUAGGUUCAGACAGUGACGAGGAAGACAUUAAUAUGGGCUCUGCCGGUGAAGAUGACGAAUCAGUAGAUGAAGAUUUCCAAGUCAGCUCCGAUAAUGAUGCAGAAGAAGUUGCAGAAGAAUUUGACUCUGACGCUGCCUUAAGUGAUGCCGGGGAGGGUAGCGACGAAGAAAGACCCUCCAAAAAGCCUAAAGUAGAGUAG